AUGUCCAGACGGCGUUCAGCAUUUCAAAGUGUUGCGCGACGCGUCCAGCAAGUUCUUCCUGUGGGUGGUGAAGUUCAACUCGCUGAACGAGCUGGUGGACUACCAUCGCACCGCCUCCGUCAGCCGCCUGCAGGACGUCAAGCUGAGAGACGUGGUGCCCGAAGAGAUGCUGGUGCAGGCGCUGUACGACUUCACUCCGCAGGAGGCGGGCGAGCUGGAGUUCAGGCGCGGUGACGUCAUCACCGUCACUGACCGCUCCGACCAGAACUGGUGGCAGGGGGAGAUAGCGCACCGCCGGGGCAUGUUCCCAGCGUCGUACGUGACGGCGUACCACUCGUCAUAGUGUGCGCGGCCGAGCCUUGCCCCUACUCACCGCGGGUAGCGCCACCAUAUCAACACAACAACAGUUGACACACACAUUACACAUUCGCAGUGUGGUCGCCAGUCGAGGCGUGGUUUGUUUUGAGCAGCGAGACGGUCGCCGCAUGCGUGCAGUUUGUUUACGCGUAAUGUAUUAACGAUUAUAUUAUGGUGCUUUGUGUCUUACAGCUGUUUGAUUACGAGCGAAUCGGUAACGCAACCCUUUUAUAGAACAAUAAUGGUCGUAAACGUCGUCGGUCAUUUUGGUCGUGAUUUUAAAAUGCCUUGUUUUUAUUCGCAAUGUAAGAAUUAAUUGGUAGUACAAAAAUGUGAAUGUUUUAUGAAAAA